AUGCUUGAAUCUGCGAAAAUACUCUCUGAAACGAAACCUUCUUAUGAGAAGAAGCUACGUAGAAUCCUUGACAGCCUUUUCAUCCACCUGUCAUAUGUCCAACACUCACCUCCCAUCGCAAUGCAGAAAAUGAUCGCUCCAUUGGAGAAAACAUUACUCGAAGAAAUUUUCUUCAAUCAUUCUGAUCUUGAUGUGAGAGUUGGAGUCGCUGCCUGCAUCAAUGAGAUUAUAGGAAUAUAUGCUUUCAAUCCUCCUUUUGAUGAUGAACAGAUGAAGAUCCGGAUGCUUGAAAAUAUGGCUUGCCUCGAGUCAUGGGUUCUCAUGUUGCGUCUUGAGUGUGAUGAACUUGUUGUUGAGAUGUUCCAUAAGUUCCUCAAGAGUAUAAGGGACAUUGCAGCAGGACCAACAUUGCAGCAGGAGAGUGAAGCUAUAGUGACAAAAUGA